AUGUACCAAAGGCCGAGAGUUGAAGGACUCGACCGAAAUAUACUCUUCAGCUCCAUUUUGGAAGACGAGAGUGUCAGAGCUUCAAUCACUGUCAAGAAGAGUUCUACUUCAGAUGAGUUCGUGGACAAGAGCACAGGCCGUUUAGGGUUCAAGGAGGACACCACCUAUACUCGUACUAGUACUGAAAAAUACGACAACAGAUAUGAGGGGUAUGAGUUUGAGGCCAAACUCAAGCUCAAGCUCAAACAUGUUGAUAGUGAUGAUGGUGAUCAUGAUCAUGAUUAUGGUGAUGCUGAUGCUCAUGAUAUUGGUGGUCAUGAUGAUGAUGAUGAUGAUGAUGUUGGUUGUGAUCAUGGUGGUCAUUUUGAUGGUGAUGAUUAUGGUGGUGAUUACGGUGGUGAUGAUGAUGACUGCUAUUAG